AUGGUAAAUCCGUUAACAGUCGCAUUAGGUCCUAUUGGUGGCCUAGCGGCAUGCGCAUGUUGCUUAAUAAUAGCAGCCAUAUGGGGUCUAUUUGCUACAAUGAUAGCACUUGCAGUUUAUACAAAAAGAUGGAAAACAGCAAUUGAAGAUGCCGGAUUUGGUAGUAGUAAUGGAAUGCAUAUGAUACUCAGUCAAUCAUUACUUAUUGGACUAUUACUAGUCUAUGGUUAUAUUGGAAUUAGACGAUUAUUAAGAAGUUAA